AUGCUUAAGUCCCGGCUCCGCAUGUUCCUGAACGAGCUGAAGCUGCUGGUGCUGACGGGCGGGGGGCGGCCCCGGCCCGAGCCUCAGCCCCGGGGGGGCGGGGGAGCCGGCUGCGGCUGGGGGCCCUUUGCCGGCUGCUCGGCCCGGGACAGCGACGGCGACGACGAGGAGUACUACGGGUCGGAGCCGCGGGCCCGGGGACCGGGGGACAAGGAAGCUCGGGCUGGACCCCCGCCGCCGCCCCCUCCUCCUCCACCUCCUGCCCCUGGCGGCCUGGACUCCCUGUCUCUGAGCAGCAGCCUGGACAGCGGGCUCCGAACCCCCCAGUGCCGGAUCUGCUUCCAGGGGCCAGAGCAGGGGGAGCUCUUGAGCCCAUGUCGGUGUGAUGGUUCGGUUAGAUGCACCCACCAGCCUUGCCUCAUCCGAUGGAUCAGUGAGCGGGGAUCUUGGAGCUGUGAACUCUGCUAUUUCAAGUACCAGGUCUUGGCAAUAAGUACCAAGAACCCACUGCAGUGGCAGGCCAUCUCGCUGACAGUCAUUGAGAAAGUCCAGAUCGCAGCCAUUGUCCUGGGCUCCCUCUUCCUUGUUGCCAGCAUCUCCUGGCUCAUCUGGUCUUCACUCAGUCCAUCAGCCAAGUGGCAGCGGCAGGACCUGCUCUUCCAGAUCUGCUAUGGCAUGUACGGCUUUAUGGAUGUCGUCUGCAUUGGUCUCAUUGUCCAUGAGGGCUCUUCUGUCUACCGCAUCUUCAAACGCUGGCAGGCAGUGAACCAACAGUGGAAGGUCCUGAACUAUGACAAGACCAAGGACCUAGGAGGGGAUGCAGGAGUGGGGAUGGCAGGGAAGCCAGGUCCCAGGACCUCACGGACAGGUUCCCCACCUGGGGCCACUGGCCGCCCUCCAGCUGCCCAGCGUGUCCGGACGCUCUUGCCCCAGCACUGUGGCUACACAAUUCUGCACCUGCUUGGACAGCUCCGGCCACCAGAUGCCCGUUCCAGCUCCCGAUCUGGCCGAGAGGUUGUCAUGAGGGUCACUACUGUCUGAGCUACACUCUCAGGAAAGGAGGACCCUAAAGUCAGUGCACUGGCUGGAGAUGUGGUCCAGCCCUUACUGAGCAUCUGCCCUGAACCAGUGGAGAUUCCACCUAGACAAGGUGUUGCUCCCGUACCUGACUGCCCCCACAUAUCAAGGAAUCUCUGAUGUUGACAUGACCACUGGAGAUAAUAUGACUCCCACUGAUCACUCAUCUUUCCCUGGGGCAAAGAUUCCACCUGGAAGAAAUUUCAAUCUUCAUUGACGGCCGCUUAUCCUCCUGGGAAGUGGGGAGAACAUCUUUUCCCCUGGAGAGAGUGGAGAGAAUCAUCUUUACCUCAGCUCACACGGCCUCUGGCUCCCCGCUCCACAGGGAUGAUUUGGUGAAGGGGGGCCAGUGCCAGGAGGAAGGGGCUACCAACUCACCCACCCCUCCUACUCUAUGGCCACAGGGCAUCUGGCAAUAAGACUAAUGUAUACCCACCUCCUGCUCCCUGCAUGAGGGCAGGGGGGUCUACCCCUGCCUACCCCCUCUUGUUUGAGGGGAAGGCAUAAAGAGUCAUUUAUAUGCAAA